GAAAGAAACAGUUUGGCAUUCCCCGACCGAGUCCUCUCUCUAAGAAUAGUUGUUGGCCUUCGGAAAGCCAGCUUCGCCGUCCCUUCUCGCUCGUCUCCUCUCUCUUCGACUUCCCAUUCGCAACCGUUGAUCCAAACGUAUGCCAUUCUAUAAAUAGCACCCUCCCUAUGGUGUUUUCCCGCCUCCGUCCACGUAUCCGGCAACCCAAGCUCGCGGUGGCGGUGGCGGCGGAACUCUCCGAUCGUUGUCCUACCCUUCUUCCGCACCACCACCACCCGACAUAGGCGGCGGUGCGGGAAGCCAUGGCGGCGCCGGUGGUGUCGCCGAGAAAGUCGAUACGGGAGGUGGUGAUGCAGACCGUGCUGGCCCAUCACAGCCAGCAGCUGCUGACGCGGAAGAGGAAGAGACUCUCGUCCGGCGCCUCGGCGCAGGGCGUCGGGGACGACGACGACAUCGGGUUCUGGGAGGAGGAGGAAGGCACCAUGGAGAUGACCCAGAUCGGGGCUGAGCGGACCAAGAACGUGCUCAUCCUGAUGAGCGACACCGGCGGCGGGCAUCGGGCCUCCGCUGAGGCGAUUCGUGAUGCCUUCCGCAUUGAAUUCGGCGACGAGUAUAAGGUGUUUGUGAAGGAUUUGUUCAUGGAACACGCGGGUUGGCCGCUGAACGACAUGGAGAGGUCCUACAAAUUCAUGGUGAAGCAUGUGCAGCUGUGGAGAGUCGCAUUUCAUGGCACCUCUCCUCGCUGGAUCCACAACGUCUAUCUUGCCGCCAUUGCAGCCUUCUAUGCCAAGAAGGUGGAGGCUGGUCUGAAGAAGUAUAAGCCAGAUAUCAUCAUCAGUGUUCAUCCCCUCAUGCAGCACAUUCCUCUGUGGGUGCUGAAAUGGCAGAACCUUCAGAAGAGGGUUGUUUUCGUCACUGUCAUCACGGACCUCAACACCUGCCACCCUACAUGGUUCCACACUGAUGUCAGCAGAUGCUACUGCCCCUCUGAGGAAGUAGCACAGAGGGCUUCGUUGGAUGGACUCGAGCCUUCGCAGAUCCGUGUGUUUGGUUUGCCCAUCAGGCCUUCAUUCUGUCGUGCAGUUCUCGUCAAGGCUGAGCUGAGAAAAGAGCUUGAGAUGGAUCCUGAGCUCCCUGCGGUGCUACUCAUGGGAGGAGGUGAGGGGAUGGGUCCAGUGAAGAAGACUGCCAAGGCCCUUGGUGAGUCACUGUUUGACAAGGAGCUCGGCAAACCCAUCGGCCAACUUGUGGUCAUCUGUGGCCGUAAUCGAACCCUAAGCUCUGCGCUACAGGAUGUUCAGUGGAAGAUCCCUGUGAAGAUAAGGGGGUUCGAAACUCAAAUGGAGAAAUGGAUGGGAGCUUGUGAUUGCAUCAUAACAAAGGCUGGACCUGGUACGAUUGCCGAGGCUCUGAUAAGGGGGCUUCCCAUCAUCCUAAAUGACUUCAUUCCUGGACAGGAGGUGGGCAAUGUGCCAUACGUUGUCGACAACGGAGCCGGAGUGUUCUCCAAGAGCUCAAAGCAGACGGCCAGCCUUGUUGCUCGCUGGUUCGGCCCUGAACCAGAAGUGCUGAAGAAGAUGUCCCAGAAUGCGCUGAAACUGGCACAGCCAGAUGCAGUUUUCGACAUCGUCAAGGACAUACAUCAGCUGACGGAACAACAAGGGCCUCUAUCGCAAAUCUCCGAUUCCCUGACUUCCUCCUUCUCCCUGACCUCCUUCUCACGACCGGUAUAACAGCCGAUCCAUGAACAGCUACCGCUGAAGAAAAGCGGUUCCAGUUGCCCAGUGCAAACCCUGUUUAAAGAGAAUGGUGGCAAAGUGCGAUGGGGGUUUUUGUUCCCAGUCUCCUCUGUGUGAUUCGUUUCUUCUCCUCACAUUUCCCAACUGUUCUCCUUUUCAUCCAAAAAUUGUACUCCUUCUUUUGUGUCUCUGUCUGUGUUUGUCCGACUACUCAAGUUUAAGUCUUUAACCUCAAGUUAUCAGGUAGACAAGUGAGCUGGGUUUGUUUCCAGGGCUGUGUGAAGGAAUUUGUUGGUCCUGUAUCAUUCAUUGUACCAUAGGGUUGUUCUCUCUUUUCCUGGUGGAACUGGUCCAGAUUCUGAGUUAUGCUCAAUUGUAAGCAUUGUCUGUAAGUUUAGUAUUC